GAUAGAUACGGAGGAAGGAAAGUCCUCAACCUAGUGUCGCGUGCCUCAAUGGACGUUCGUCUUGUUGUUGAGUAGAGUGAGGUCCUUCCCAAAGGUCGUUCGAAGUCUCCUCCCGUUGCCCCUGGCAUGGAUUAAUUUAAACCCCGAAUCUCUCGACUCGAACUCCGUUGUUGGUUCUUCCCGACGAUUUCGAAGAUGUCUUUGGAAAGCGAAGGCAGAUCCGACGACGGCCUCAAAAGAUGUCGUCUAGUCCCUCCUGAAGAAGAGAUCAGGGUCAGUCCCAUCGUCCUGUCCUCUGUGCCCCCUCAGAGUCCCUGCCAGGACCCACCUCCUCCUCCUCCCCCUUCGUCGAGUAUCACCCUGGAUUCCCCCUGGUACUCUGCAGAAGCCGCGGUCGUCGACCAACAUGGCGUCGCAUCCAGCGUCCCAGUCUUCAACGUCGUGUCGUCGUCGUCCUCGGCGGAUCAUCAUCAUCAGACAGUGACGACGUCCUACGGCCACAUAGGCGGCGGCGGCGCCGUCGAGGACCUCCGGGAGGAGGGAGACCUCCACCAGCCUUGGUACACCUGCCUCUACUCGCCCCCUUCAUUGCAACAAUCGCCCCUUCAGGAACUCGUCGACGCGACUUCUUCUAGCGGCAGCGCCGCCGCCGUCGUGGAUGGACACUCGUACGCCAUGGCGUCCCACCACGCCAGCUACUCCCUGGUGGGUCCUGCUUCCUCGAUGUCGGGCGGCGGCGUCUACGCCGCUCCUCUGACCAUGAAGGUGGAGGAACCCAGGCAACCCGAGGAGGUCAUGACGGGCGUCAGCCUGGAGAACCCGACCGGGUUCGAUUGCGUGGGGCUGCGGGUCGAGGAUUACCGCCUGGGCGGCCACGUGAUGCCCGAAGAGGAAGACGGCUCCGUUAACCUGAUGACGGCGGCAGCUUCUACCACGGGGGGCUGGAUGGUGGACGACAUGGCCUCUGGGGCCACCACUUGGCCCUCUGUCAAGAUGGAGGCCUGGAGUCAUCCACACGGAUGCAACAGGUAUGUAAGUGAGGAAGGGGCCUACUGGUUGCCAUCUGGGUGGCAGGUGGCUUCUGCAGGCAUGAUGGAGGAAAGUAUGGAGUCUCCUGAAGAGCCGGUCAACUCUCCACAGGAUGGGGCCUCCACCUCCGGUGGCAAGAGGCCGGACUCGAAGAAGUGUGGAGUCUGCGGCGACCGGGCCCUGGGCUACAACUUCAACGCCAUCACAUGCGAGUCGUGCAAGGCCUUCUUCAGGAGGAAUGCUCUCAAGAAUAAGGAGUUUCGCUGUCCAUUUCAAGAUAGUUGCAAGGUGGACCAAGUGACGAGGCGGUUUUGCCAAAAGUGCCGUUUGAGAAAGUGCUUCGAGAUCGGCAUGAAAAAGGAGUGGAUAAUGACGGAAGAGGAGAAACAGAGGAAGAAACAGAAGAUCGAAGAGAACCGCGCUCGGAAGAUGGGCGAUGCGUAUUCCGACGACGACAGUCUAAAAAGCAGCGUUCCGCCUUUCAGUCCGUUUUCUUCCGGUUCGACUGGCGAACCGAAUAAGCCGCAGGCGAUAGUUGUCGGAGUGAUUCGUAGUGAAGAGGAGUCAUCUGCAAAGGUACUACGGGUUGAAGGCCAAACUGACAUCCAUUCCCAGGAGAGAACGAUUAUCCAGUCUACCGGAGCACUGGCAGACAAGCCAUCACUUCCCUCCGGUUCAUCUUUAGAAUAUUAUAAGGAAGAAAAAGACUAUGGUGAUGACAUUACCAGUUCGCCCACCGCCAGCCAGCAAGAGGUACCUCCAAGGUGUUCCGAGGAUCAGGAUUUUUCCGGGAGCAUCCCCUCCCACCCAUCAAGAGUGCUACAACUUUUACCUUAUAGUCAUGCUACUAGUCCUAACGAUAAUUCUGUUGAAUCAGACUCCUUCAUAUCAUCACCCCACGCAACAGUAGCGGUGAAUGCUAGUCCAGGGUCGGCUCACUGUCUUGCACCGGAGUCCCCAGCCACACCUACAAGCCAGCCUUUGGGGAAUCUAAGCAUGGCUCAAGUGAUGGCAAUUAAUAUAAAAAAAGAGGUUGAAUACACUGACAGUGAAACCAACCAGAGUCCCGCCGAAUCCCGGGAAAACACAGAACUACAACAAGACUGCUGGCAAAACUUCAGCGUGCAAGAAGCUUUGCGGAUGCUGCAACCAGGCUGCAAGGCGAAUUCGUGUGUGACAGGUAUAACCAUGAUGGACUCCAUCAUGAACACAGCUAUAAGUGCUGAAUACAGUGCCUUUAGUCUUUUAGGGAGUUCUAAUCCGAGAGAACUGAACGAACCUGAGAAGAUGAAACUCAGCGAGUUGUCUGAGGCCAACAAGGGUCUCAUGGCCCCCCUGUGUGAAGACUAUAAUUUUAAGGACCUUAGCAACCCAUCGUUAAUCAACAUCAUCAACAUGACGGAAAUAGCAAUACGUCGCCUUAUCAAGAUGUCAAAGAGAAUAUCCGCUUUCAAAAGUCUGUGCCAGGAGGAUCAGAUUGCACUCCUCAAAGGAGGGUGCACGGAGAUGAUGAUCUUGCGUUCGGUGUUCGCCUACGACCCCGACAAGGAUUCUUGGACGAUACAACAAGAUCAUGACCGUUUCAAAAACAUCAAACUAAAGGUGCUCAAGGCAGCCCCCGGCAACGUUUACGAGGAACACAAGCGCUUCAUUUUGGCAUUCCAACCCGAGUGGAGAAGAGAUCUCAACAUAAUAUUCCUUCUCUCCGCAAUCACCCUCUUCAUGCCAGAACGGCCGAACAUCAUUCAUGCGGAGGCAAUAAAACAUGAACAGUGUUCCUAUCUUUACCUGCUGAAACGUUACCUUGAGUGCAAGUAUGGUGGUUGUGAGGGGCGAACAGUGUAUCACAGACUCUUGGAGAGAAUAAACCACCUCCACAUCCUGAAUGAAAAUCACAUACGUGUCUUCCUGGAAGUGAACCCCCAAGAAGUUGAACCUCUCCUCAUUGAAAUAUUUGAUCUGAAACAAAGGUGACAGUCUAAAAAUGCAUUAGCGUGAAACAUGCCACUCUAGUUGUAAUUUCCUUUUCCCCUCUGAAAACGACUGACUCCUCUUCCUUUUCAUGAGCUAAGUCAGUAGGGACUAAAGGUGCGCCGCUGAAUAGACUAUUUUUACGACAGAUUGCGCCCGUGGAGACUUUGGUGGUUCUGAAAAGAACGGAGUCCUCUUUUAUAGAUUUGUACAAGUGUUCCUGUCCACAUUUCCCCGUCAUUCACGACAGUUGUGCUCAACGAAGGCCAUUUAUACCGCAGACUUUUAUACAUGAUGUAUUUGUUUUUUGUUAGUAAAUCUGUAUACAGUAUAUAUUUAGCAUAUGCAAUUUAUGUAUCAUAAAACUGUCUGUCCAUAAGGCUUACUAAAGUCGUGCCAUACCUGGUAUGAUUAUAUAUAUUUCUUAAAUUAUACAGUCAUCACCA